GUCGUUUGAGAUGGCAGAAGAUGGGAAGUUCCGAAUUGAGAAGUUCGAUGGUACAGAUUUCAGUUGGUGGAAGAUGCAAAUUGAAGAUUUGCUGGUUCAGAAAGAUUUGGACGUGGUAUUGGGUGACAAGCCAGAAAAGAUGUCGGAUGCAAAUUGGGCAGGUUUGGAUCGGAAAGCAAUGUCCGUGAUCCGUCUCUCGUUGACCAAGAAUGUUGCCUUCAACAUUCUGAAGGAGAAGACAGCGAAGGGAAUUAUGGACGCGCUGUCUAACAUGUACGAGAAGCCAUCUGCAGCGAAUAAAGUUUUUCUGAUUAAAGAGCUGAUUCGAGAUCUCGCUCUUGGCGAGGAUGUCAGAAGAAAGAGUUCGGGGGAGUCAUCUGGUGAAUUGCUUCAUGUUGGUAGAGGCAGAAAAAAUAACAGAGGUAGUGGGAGCAGGAACAGACAAAGGAGUCAGUCGAAGACUCGUGACAGCUCAGGUGUAACGUGCUGGAAGUGCAAGGAGGUGGGGCAUUAUAGGAAUCAAUGCCCGAAUGACAAGAAAGUGAACAUUGCUGAAGGCUCUGCGAGUGAUGAAGAGGUCCUUCUUACUUGUUGUGCGGAGAGCAAUGUGGAUUCUUGGGUCAUGGAUUCUGGUGCUUCAUUUCAUGCUACCCACAGCGGUGAAGUAUUACAGAAUCUGGUUGUUGGAGACUUUGGAAAGGUACGACUUGCAGACGAUAGGGCUCUUGAGGUGACGGGCAUGGGUGACAUGGUGUUGAAGACCUCAGUCGGUCUUUGGACUUUGAAGGAUGUCAGAGUGGUUCCAGCCUUGAAGAAAAGUUUGAUUUCUGUCAGGCAGUUGGACGAACAGGGACACGAGGUGAAGUUCAGAGAUGGGCAGUGGAAGGUUGUGAAGGGAAAUCUUGUCAUGGCCCGCGGAAGGAAGAGUGGUUCGUUGUAUAUGGUCGAGUUACCAUCUGAGGGAGUGACCGCCCCAGUUCAGAAGAGAAACAAAGUCCGGUUCACAGAGUCUCGUGGGCAGAAUAAGGUUGUCUAUGCAAGAGAGAAACCUAGAGCCACAGGUCAGACUCAGGAUGAACGAGCGUGGAAAGGUUCAAGGGGGCCAGUCAGAGGUAUUUAUGGCAGUGGGAGCUCAAGAGGCGCUUCAGCCAAGUUACCUAGAAGACAGUGGGUCAGGAGAACCAGUAUUCUAGCUGUUGGAACAUCUCCAGAAAAUUUCUUGCUGAGUACGGAGAGUGUUUGUUCUCAGUAUGUUCUAGGAUCCGGCAGUGUGCGUCUGCAGUGGGAGCCGGUAGGGACCGAGGACGAGUCAGGGACAGAUUUUGCCGUGACUGAUGUGUUGGAGCUUGGGAGAGCUUCAACGGGCCUUUCAGUUGUCUGAUGAUAGGGCCGCUGUAACAGGAGAGCUGAGGAAGAUUACUCGAUGUACAGGCAAUCGUGGUGGAUGGCAGUUGAUGACUAUCAAGCCUCCAAGUGGGAGAAUGUUGGGUUUGUGGANAGGAUCCGGCAGUGUGCGUCUGCAGUGGGAGCCGGUAGGGACCGAGGACGAGUCAGGGACAGAUUUUGCCGUGA